AUGGAGGACAGCUGCGGUGUAUACCGAAGAGACCACUUCCUGGACGGCCUCAUCCUGGUCGAUUUCAAGUAUGCGCAGUCUGCUAUUGCUUCAGACCUUGGCAGGCAUCUGGAGGCACUUGGUGCCAAGUGGUUAGAUGUUCCUAGUGACAAAGACCUCGCUGAUCGGCUUCCGCCGGGGCCAUAUCUGUACCUGGAUAGAGCGCUAAAGCCCGUCCACCGGCUCUACGACGAUGUGCAAGGAGCAUUUCUCACGGCUCUAAAGCCCAAAACGACUUGGCACGACGCGGACCCCUUUUCGCAGCUGCGAGCCGCCGGCACGUCCUAUGACUGCCUCAGUGUUGCUGUGCCUGCAAGAUCGCCUGAAAGCUUGAGCCAAUCUCCCCAACGGCUGCGCGUAGUGGUUAAAGACCUGUACCGCAUCAAGGGCCUGAGGACCUCGCUCAACAACAGAGCCUACUACGACAUUAGCAAGCCUUCUGAUUCGACCGCCGCCGUGAUCGGAUCACUGGCCCGCGACGGCGCACAUAUUCUGGGCCUGACCAAGCUGAGCUCCAUGAUCGCACGCGAAGAACCAAUGGAUGCGGUGGAUUUCCAUACCGCCUUCAAUCCCCGUGGAGACGGCUAUCAAUCGCCUGCCGGCAGCAGUAGCGGCAGCGCUGCUGCGGUAGCUGCCUACGACUGGGUCGAUUGCGGGAUUGGAACCGACACCAGCGGCAGUGGGCGGCGCCCAGCCAUGGUGAACGGCGUCUGGCAAUUUCGCCCAUCACACGAUCUUGUCGAUCUCCGCGGUAUGGUUACCACCUACGCGCCAUUCGACACACCAUGCAUCUUUACGAGGGAGCUCCAGCACCUCAAGAUGGCCUUGAGGUCUUGGAUCCCUGAGAAGGCCGUUCACAGCCAGGCAGGCCACAGGGCGGUUUCCGAGCUACCUUCCUACGAGAUCGUUUACCCGCUCGACUACUUUCCCGUCGCAAACCGAGAGCAGAUGGCCCUAAUCGAUAGUUUUCUUGGCGACGCCGCGGCCCAUCUUCCUGCCACCAUCAGGAAAAUGUCUAUCCGAGAAACCUGGAGAUCAAGCCACCCCGAAGGUACCAUUGACGACGUCGACGAAUACCUCAGAGAUGUCGUCGCCCGGACCUACUACUACGCCUUCUAUCACUCUAGCGAUGAUUUCCGUGAGAAGUACGCUGCAGCACAUGACGGCAGGGCUCCCUACGUGAUUCCAUUCGUACAACGCCGAUGGGCAAAGGGAGCAGCAGUAACGGCCGCGCAGCACCAGGAAGCCGACGGCAGGCUGAGGGUGUAUAAAAAGUGGCUGAUGCAGAGUCUCUUUCACCAAGGCAGUCGACAGGACGGGCCAAAGGAAGUUCUCGUCCUACUUCCGAUCAGCAACGCCGCGCCAAACUAUCGCGACACACCCUCGCCCUCGCCCGAGGAACAGUCGGCCCUGGACGAGCUCUUCGUAUCGCCGAUCCUGGGCGCCCCUGACAUCGCGGUACCCAUCGGCGACGUGCCUUAUGAGUCCAGAGUUACGGGGCAGACGGAGCAUCUACCCGUGGUUGCCAAUCUGGUGGCGGCGCCGGGGAAGGACUGGGAGCUGAUGGCGGCCGUAGAGAGGAUUAUGGCGCUUUCGGGGAGGCCGACGGUGGUCAGGACGGGGAGGCGAAUGUUUGCGCAAGGCUGA